CGACACAACUGGUAGCGGUGUUCUCAAUACUGCCACCGAGACGGGUAAAUAUUUAUUUUUAUUUCAUUGGGUUAUUGUCAGGUUGGUUUUCGGCUUGCGUUUUCAGAACGUCGUUUGUUUUCCCGGAAACUUGAACUUAUAUAAUAUAGGCAUUAGCAAUGAUUAGUAUAAUACAAAAUAUAAUGAUUACUUACGCAAGCUUCAGUUGAAAAUAUUGUUCAUAGAUUGCGAUAACGAUUAUGGUCGACCAGUCUACGUUAUUAUUAUGGCCAUAAAUUAUAAAUGGAUAUAGAGCCUAUCAGUGGCGACGCGAGGGCAGUUUUUUUAGUCUCGCGACUCAAGUCAUCGGGUGUGUGGAUAUUGGUACAACGGUAAGGAAUAGGAAUAGCGGAUUUAGUAAUUGAAUAUAAAUGAAUAAUAAAUAAGUUUUCAAACUAUAGGUGAGGUUAUUUAUUAUAAUACUAACCUGUUGUUAGUAUUUUAAUCAAUAAAAUCUAACGGGACUUGUGAAGUAAAAUAUCUCGCGCCGCCACUGGGACUGAUGUUCGAAUAUUAACAUUUUAUGUGAAUAUAACGCAAUUUGUGUGCAUAUUUAAUUCUUUUUUCACGGUUUUAAUCGUAACUAAACAAAAAAUCGCACGAAAGUAAAUCACCAGAAUGUAAUAAGGUACAAAUAAUAGUCGGUAAGGAGAAAAUCAAUUUCGGCAAAGUUAUUAGCCACGAAACGUAAAAAUUUACAAAAUUUUGAUAAAUCAUCACCCUAAAAUUACCAUUGAAAACAUUUUUUUUUUUCAUGCAAUCUUGUAUUAUUAGACAGGGAACAAAAAAUAUAAAAAUGCUCUCUCUUGAAAAAAAAAUUGUUUCUUGGUUCACGCUAAUGAGUUAAUUUACGAGCACCGUACACAUAAUCGAUGAUUAAUUUCUUAUAUUAUAAUCCUUGUCAAAAACGCAUUGAAAACAAUUUAUUAUAACAUAAAGUCGUAGAUAUGCAUCAUAGAAAUAUAAUAUUAAAUCCUAAAUCGUGAAACUGUACCUACACCAAGUGGCUAAAAGUCCAAAGAUAUAAUACAAAUUAUGUCUUUUAAAUUCAGCCAUUCCAAACGUUCUCGGUGCUUAAUAUUAUGUUUACACCACACAAUCAUGUAGGUUUAAAAUAAUACCUGUAGAAGCAUUGAUCUUCAAAUUUAUUAUUUUAAUAAACAAAUAUGAAAACGAAACAUUUUAAACUUUAAUUUAUGCGAUUGGUUUUAUUUUAUUUCAGAUUUGGCACCAGGUACAAAUUUUGACUCACAGAUGAGGUAUGUAGAUGAUUAUCAUUAAUUAAUAUUUAAAUUGGUACCUAUAUAUGAAAGCUGCUUGCGAUACAACCGGUCAAUUAGCGUCUACGUCACGCUCUUCUUAUCAGUCUGUUAUCAAUAAUAAAUGGAUCAUUUGAUUCCAAACAAUCCCAUUAACAUAUAUAAUAUUAAAAUAUGAGUCGGUACUUACCUACAAACCUACAAGAUUUCACUAUUAAUAAAAAAGACUUACUCAAAUGAGGAUUUAGCAAUAAAAUAAAAAUAUCUAAGUAAGUACUUAUUAAAUCCUUAAAAUGUAGAAUAUAAGAAUUUUAAAGUUAAUUUACAUAACAUUUAUAUGAAUAUUUUUAUUUUUUUGGAACCAACCAACUUACUUGAUUAUAAUUGUUAUCACAUAAUAUGACGUCUCACUAAUCACUUCUAUUAAUACCAAUUAACCUAUUAACACUGACCUAUUAACAAAUUGAGACAUUUUAAAUCCUAGCUGUUUUGUAAUAUAUUGAGCAUUGGUUUUGUAUUACUUUUGGACUUCCAAUCGGCUUGUUACUUGUCCAAUUAUUGUGAAUAUAGGUUAAUCGCUCCAUUACACUCCCUUCUCUCCAUGUUUGCGUACAUUUUGAAUACUUAGGUUUACAAUACGAUCAAAAAGUGUUCAUCAUUUAUCUUCAUCUAGGUAAUUAAAUUACCGUGUAUCAUAUUAUAUCAUUUAAUCUUUAUUUGGACUUAUUAACGAUUAUACGGUACUAUAUUAUUAUUAUUGUUAUUAUUAUUUUUUUAUCAAAGAGAUUUUAACAUAAAUUAUGAUAAUAUCUCAACAAUUUAAGUUGAUAAAAUUAGGAAAAUAAAUAGUUAAAGCUCACGCAAUUCGAUUUUAAUGCCCGAUUGAAUUACAAAAUUAAGAAUGCACCAAGUUAUUAUACUUGUAUUAUUCGCUGAAAGAGUAUUUAUAAGGGAAAAGACACCGAGAUUUUAUAUGUAUAAUCGUUGCUUUCAAAUUAGUGAAGACUGCAGAGAUGGCGAGUAGGUAGUAUCUGCAAAAUCCAGUAUUCGUAUAUUCCCGUUUAUAAUAAUAUUAUUUUAUGUUUCCUAAAGUGUAAAAACAUUUUUUGUCCAUAUUAACGUUACGUGCUGUUUUAUCUUUUGAAAUCCUUUUAUUUAAAUUAUUUUAUUUACAUAAAGAAAAUGACUGACAUUUUAUUAUUUAAAUUUCUGUUUUACUACACAAUGUAUAUGCAUGUGGUGUGUAAGAUAUAUGCAAUAAUUUUAAGAAGACUGACAAAAGAAACAUUAUUAUAAUAUACCCAAGUCAUUUUGUUGAAUUGUAUUUUAUAUCAAGUUUCAUUAUUCAAACUUUUAUUUUUGUUUUUGAAUUCAAGCCCGUUACUGAAUUAUUAUUAUAACCACGACGUUAUUUAUAUUUUAGUAAGCUAAUAUUUUCCAGACGCAUAGCAGACACAGUAUCUGUAUAUAAAAGUUGUCCAAAAUCGAAAUAUAAUAGUUUAUUUUUUCGUAGAAAGCAAGAAAAAAGAUCUAGCUAACCGAAAAUCAACACAAAUUUGCAACUACACCUGAGUGAAAUAUAAUUUAUUAAUUAGCAUGAAAUUGGCCUUCUGAAAGAGUUGUUAAUUUUAGAUUCUGAGUGUUGCAAAAUUGUCAAGAUGGUACUUUUGGGAAGUCAUUUCUUGAUUUUCCAAGCAGUUUUCAUAAUAUCUGGGAAAAACUAGUAUAAAACGUAAGAAGAUCGGGAAAUUUAUGAAAAUAAUGCUUUGAUUAUUUUUCAAUUUGUUAUUUGUUGCAAUUCAGUUAAAAAUGUUCGUGGAGACUUGAGAUUUAAACAAAAAAAUAUAUUCGUCUUUUCUAGACAUGGUAAAAUUGUCGAAAUAUUUUUGCCAUUUUUGAGCUAUUUAUAGACAUUUUAAUUUACCGAGUUUUGUAUGUAAUUUUUAUUCGGUAGUGUCUCUUUAGUAAAAUUAUUAGACAUGAACAGAAAUGCUUGAAAAUUUAGCAGGAGGUUUAUUAAGAAUCUUACUUUGUAGUCAAAAAAAAAGAAAAUUGAAAUUAAUAUAGUAUUUUUUUUUAAUAAGAGAAUUUUAGUAUCAAACAUUGACGAAAAUCGUUUGAGUAAAACAUUAUGUAGAACGAAUCUAAUUUAUCAAUUUUAUAUUAUGUUAACUAACUCUAUAUUGUACCUCUUUAAGCAUAUUUGCCGUGAUGUGUAAUGGUUAUUUAUGUCUAUUAUAAUCCUAGGGGUGCUUAGUUUAAACCAAUGUAUUGAAAAAAAAUUGUUUGCAUUUUUUUUCCAUUUUACUUAAACAAGGAAAAAACAAAUGCAUUUUGGAUGUACCUAGAGAUCCAAGCCAUCGCCUUCUCGGAAUAUUUUAAUCGCAAAAUACCCCUCGAUUUGUUGUAUAAGCUUUUCUACCAAAAAUCUUGCUCCAAUGUAUUAGGUCUAACUUAUUUUCUGAAAGGAAAUUUUAUUUCCAUGGCAACUUGGGAAGGUCUUUUUUAGAUUUUCUUAGGACUUUUCCCAGGAAGUUUGAAAAACCGGGAAAAAAACAUUGGAAAAACACGGGAAAAUCGGUACAAUAUUAAACAAGUAUUAUUAAAGAAAAUAUUUUUAAUUUAUUUAAUUUCUAUUUAAUUUUGUUACCAUAAUAUGACAUAUAUAUUGUUGACAAAGUAUCACUAUUAACUGAACUGCGCUCAGAAUCGUUUUUUCGUUAGCAAUGGUUUAUUGUUGUUUACAGAUAUACAGUGGGUCAAAAAAGUCUCCGUACAUUGAUGUUAGAUUUCUUCCAUUACACACAAUGAUAAUUAAAAAGUUGAAUAACUUUAUAUUUUUNUUUUAGAAAAAUAAAGCAUAUAUAUUAAUUAUUUUAUUAUUUACGUGUAUAUUUAUAAAUAAAUGUAGAAAAAUAACAACAAAAAAGUUUCCGUACAACAUAACAUAAAUAUUUUUAACUUAAUACAAUACAAUAAUUAUUAUCACUUUAUUAUAAUUAAUGGUCAAUUGGUCUUCCUUUAGCUUUAAUUACUUCGUGCAUUCGCUUUUCCAUUGAUUCAACUAAUUUGAUUGUAACAGUAGGGUCAAUACUGUUCCAUAUUUCAAGUAUUGCAUUUUUCAAUUGAUCUUUGUUUCGAAUUUGAUAAUGUUUUAGACGUCUACCUAUUUCAUCUCAUACAUUUUCUAUCGGAUUCAUGUCUGGUGAUUGUAGAGGUGUGUUAAGUUGCUUUGUCACUCGGUACAACAACCAUUCUUUAACUUUUUUUGCGGUAUGUUUUGGGUCGUUAUUUUGUUAAAAAAUAAACGAAUUACCAAUGUUUAGGUUGCACUAGCAUGCAAAUUAUUUCUUGUUUAAAUAUAUAUUUUAAUCCAUAAUUCCAUCGAUAAAUACCAAAUUACCAACACCAGUAGCGCUCAUGCAGCCCCAAACUAAUACAUUAUCACCUCCAUGUUUUACUGUUGUGUAAUGUUAUGCUCACAUGACAUAAUAUUAUAACUGUAUAAUUAUUUAUUAUUUAUAUCAUUACAAAAAUGUAACUAAAAGAUUCAAAUAUGGCCGAGUACUUGGUAUUUCACAAAAGGUAAAUAAUUUAAUAAAUCUAACGGAUCGUUCGCUAUUCGAGAGGGAUGCAAGCUUAUCUACAAGCAAAAUAAUUUAUAUAUGUAUCAAAUAUAACAGAACUGCAUGCCAUCUGCUACGGCCCUUUGAGGACACUGCCGCCUCAGUCAUACUAUUGUAUAUUGUCUUCUUUUCACAAUUCGAGUAUUACUUAUUUUAUAUCGACAUUGACGCGAUUUCCGUCUGUUCCAUCUUUUUAAGCACACAAAUUCCAGUGAUUUUCUAUCAUUCGAGAAAAAUCAACAUCCAAUCAUUUACCAUCAUUUAGAACAUUCAAAUAUAAGUGAUAUAAAAUUAAGCAAUAAAUACUCAACAUCAAUCGGCCCUUUGAUGAUACCGCCGUGCCGUCAUCAUUCUUUCACACUAUAUACCGUUACAAUUAUUUCAAUACAAAUUUCAAAUCUACGCAUAACACUUUUUUUAUGGUUGACCUUUUUUUAUUGGCUUAUAUAAACACAUACAAUUUAACGGUUUUUUCUAUUGAAAAUGAAGCGUCUUGAUCCCUCUAGAAACCCCAAAACGAACAUUCUGUCGAGAAUCCCACACACAGCAACAACUACGAACCACCAACUUCUUUCGAGGAUCUCUCUCGAAUAGCUAGCUCCGACUUUUAGCAGCUAUAAUCAUUCGUAUUCGAUUUAUUUAUUAACUCACUUGGUGUUAAGUGUUAAUUAAUUAAAUUAAUUUAUCUUAAUUAAAUUGUGACUGCCGUCCAACGACUCCAGGUUCACGUGAGGUUAUCCAUAAGUAUAGACCUUAGCGUUCCAACACUGUGGGCAAGUAAUAUAAUUAUAUUUUUCUCUAGUUAUUCAUUUCGUCACCAUUCUCGGAUUCACGACUCCGAAACCCUUUCAAACAUAGGAAGGAAGGUAGUAAUAUAACUAGUAGGCUGAACUCUUAUAAUAAUUAGAGAUAUAUCAUUCUUUGUAGUACCAAAACUUAGAUCGAUGGUUUCACUCUAUAUAGGCACAUUUUUAUACCUAAUCCUCUAUAUUUCAUUCUUUAUAGGUAUUUCUACGUGAUUAUCUUAUAAUUUUAAAUAUACUUGUCUUUUAUUUCUAUACUUAGUGUCCUAAAUCUACUCCUAUCUCCCAUUAACCACGCCUCUCCCUUUAUAUCAUCCCCCGAUUAAUCCUCUUUUAACUCUCCUCUUAUUUCACCCCCUCCCUUUCCCCUUUUAUAUUCCUCUUUCCUAUUUUUUGUAUUACUACAGUUAGGCAUCAAUUUUUGCAAUCCAUCUGCUUAUUGGGUUUUCUUCACACCAUAACUCGCCCAUCUGAACCAAAAAUGUUAAACUUGCUUUCCUUUACUGAAUAAUAUAGAUUUCCAAAAAUCAUUUCCCUUAUUAAUGUGUGCCUUCGCAAAAUCUAAACGUUUCUUUUUAUUUAUUUUACUGAUAAAAAGUUUUUUCCUAGCUACACAACCUUUAUAUCCUACAUUUCUUAUAACAUUACGAAUGGUCUGUGGCACAACUUUUAUAUUAUAGUCAGUGUCAAUCAUACCUGCUAGUUUGGGUACACUGGUUUUUGGUUCCAUCACAACUGUUAUUAGAAUGGCCGUUUUUUGAUUUGAUUUUAAUUUUUGGAGACGACCAGUACGUUUUUGAUCUUCAAAAGAACCAGUUUCGUUGUAUCGGUUUAUAAUAUAUUGUACAUUGGAGUGCGAUUUUUUUAUUGUUUGAGUAAUAUUUCUGAGAGAAUUUCCAUCUUCUCUUAGUUAAACUACUACUUUACGAACAGCAAUCGGUAUUUCCAUUGUUUAAUGUAAAUAAAUUAAUAAAACGUACAGUACGACUGAUGAGUACGACUGGCCUAGGUACCUACUGUCACGCUCAUUAUGCUUACCGGGUUUUAUCGUUAGAUUAUAUUGCCAGACCAUAUUAUUGUCUUAAUUUAUGAUGGAACUCUCAAUAUCACGAGUUUUUCCCAUUUCAACACUAUUUUUAUCUAAUAUUCAUAUUAUGUACGGAAACUUUUUUGUUGUUAUUUUUCUACAUUUAUUUAUAAAUAUGCACGUAAAUAAUAAAAUAAUUAAUAUAUAUGCUUUAUUUUUCUAAAAACAUAAUUUUCGUGUGUUUCCUAAUAAAUUGUCGUAAAAAAUAUAUAGUUAUUUAACUUUUUAAUUAACAUUAUGUGUAAUGGAAAAAAUCUAACAUUAGUGUACGGAGACUUUUUUGACCCACUGUACAUCAAAUUACCUUCAACAGUGACAGCACUCGAACUCAUUAUCCUAGGACGUCUUUUUUAAAAUGAACAUUAAUUAAUUAAGAAUGUCGUUUCUUUCAAUGCCAUAGUAAAUUAUACGUUUUCUUGGGUUUCUUAGUAUCUAUAUUCACAGUAUUUCUACAAACAGCUUUUUAACUGGAAAUUUUGCUCUAGAAGAUUUCAGUAAUAUUUUCUAGUAGCAACAAUGUAUAUUAAAAGUCAUGAAAAACAUGAACAAUGGUAAUUAUUAUUUUCUUAAUUACACAUCAAUACAUUUAAAUUUAUCAAAACACGUUUAACAAAACUCCGUUAAGAAUCAUUUUUCAUUUUAAAUUAUGUAUCGUUGCGUAUAGAUACAGGUAAAAAUUAAAUUUUAAAAUCCUAAAAUAACCUACAACAGUGGGUACAAAUAAACAUUGUGCGAAAUAUGUCGGCUUUAUAUCUAUUUUUAUAUUAUUAUUAGUUUUAUUUUUUUUAAAACCACAAAAAGCCUAUUCGUCUAUUUUUGAAAUCUCAUGAUACUACUCAUCGAUAAAUAUAGGUUAUAAUAUUAUGAUUGUAUCUAAUACCCUCAAGUAGUUGUUCAUCACGACGUAAUAUAACCAAGGUUCGUUUCGGUUUUAUUCGAAUUUCGUACACUCCGACAAAAUUAUAUAUAAUUUAUUUUGUAUUAAAAAAAAAAACAACAUAGUACCUAUAGACUCAUACAGGGUGUCCCACGAAGAUUUACCCAUUGUAAUAUCUCAGGAGUUAAUAAAGAUAAUCAGAUUAUGAUUUUUUUAUAUUAUUCAUUGGAAUAAGGAUUACAAAUAUUUAUAUUGUAGUUAAAAAAAUUACAAAGAAAAAAGUGUACAGUAAAUUAAUCCUAAUAAUAAUUGUCAAUUCUUAGGGAAUGUAAUUACAGUCUGUUGCAUAGUUAUAGGUACUUUUCUCUGAACUUCAACAAGUUAUUAAAAAUUACGAAUUUAAUGAAAAUAACAAGUUGAUGUAUCAAAAUUUUCAGGAAAAUAAUCUCUAUAAAAUGGCUAUAUCUUCAAAUUUUUUUAAAAAUAAUAAAAUAAAAAGUUAAUUUUUUAAAUUUAUUUUAUCAGAGCGUAACGAAUUGUUUGCAGUAUAAAUAUUUGUAGUCCUUAUCCCUGUGAAUAAUAUAAAAAAAAAAAAAAAACAGAAUUUGAUUAUCUUUAUUAUCUCCGGAGAUAAUACAAUGGUUAUAUCUUCGUGGGACAUCCUGUAUACGAAACAAUAAUAAACUAGUAUAAGGUAAUAAUAUUAAUAAUAAUACCACUGGAUUUUCAGCCGGUUAUUACACAGACAUCUGACCAAUGUGGAUUUUAAUGUUAGCUGUUGGUGGGCGGCCCCAAGUGGGGAUGUUGGAUUAUUUAUGAUGAUGAUGAUGAUCAUUCGAAACCGUGGUAAACAAACGUUCACUGCAGCGGUAGGAGUUAUGACGAUAAAAAAAAAAAAACCGGCUAAAACGGCUGAGUAUCGAGUAUUUCAGGAACAGCCGAAUCCAGUCUUCGUGCGCUCUCGGGUAUAGACGUCGUCCGGACCAAUGUCGAAUCAUUUCUUCUGUACGUUUUGAGGAUAUAAAUUAGUUGGAUUAGAAGAUCGGAUUAAACUGGCAUAAAUUUGUAAAAAGUGGGCAGUGUGUCUUUUUGAGUGAUUUUAUUUAAAAACAAUAUCGGUACGUAUAUUAUGUGAAAUAAAUAAAACCGCGAUAUUGAAGUCAUUGAAGUGUGGCAUACUGAAUACAAUAUUAUUACCACUGCUAUGGCUGAAGAUGGUAACGAUAGUGUUCCAUUUGAAUAACUGCAAUGAUGUCUCGAAUUUUACAAAAUCAAUUAUUUUUAUUUAAUUCAUUUGCACACAGUCGAUAUUUAGAAAGAAUUAUUCGCGACUGUGUUUGAGGAUAUUUUUGUGUCUCGGUAAGAGUAAAAAAAAAAAAAACCACAAUAAUAAUAUACAACAAUAACCACGAAUUCGUUUUAAAAUCAUUUAUAUUUUUUUCAUUAAGUUAAUGGUUUAUAUAUAUAUAUAAUAUAAUAACACGAACAUUUUUCCAGUAGUUUCAUUCUCUCUAAAAAUCCGUUUCUUCGAACUUUACAUAAGUAGUUGUUUUCUAUAGCGUCUGUAGCGUAUCGAUUUUUAUUUUUUCCGUUAAAAAUCAUAUAAAAUAUAUUUAAUAUACAACUAAUCAGAAAUUAAAAACAAAUUGUUAACGAUAAAAUAUGAGCUUUGUUGAAUUUGUAUUUAAAAAACCUACCUAAAAAGAGUCUGUAAUACUUACGGAACAAUAAUUUUAUAUUUUGUAAAACGAAUAUCUAGUUUUUACCAUAACACUGGAUAUAAAAAAUAAUACUUAACUUUAUUUUAUUAGGUACCUACAAUAAUAUAUAUUUUAUUAUUUUAUAGAUGUAUUAUAGGUGUCGUAAUAAUAUUAUGAUCGUGUGAUGGUGGGGGCCAAUUCCGUGAUCAUCAGUUAGUUGUAGAGACAGUUAAUAAUAAAUAAAUUAUAACAUUUACCAUAUACAGUGAAAUAUGUUUAUUUGAUAUUAGUUCCUUCUAACAGCAACAUAAAUUGCGACUUUGUUGCAUAUUUGCAUAUUUUACAAUACGCGUACUGUAUCAUUAAAUAUAUAUUUUAAUAUUAUAUUUAUACAUAUUAUUUUUUCAUAUUUACAAUAAUAUUAGUGAUUUAACGUGCUAAAACAAUUAUAUAUUAAUAUAAUGGUUUGCUAUUAAUAAAAAAUCUCGUUUAUUUUCGGUUGGUAUCAUUCGGCUCGAAUAAAUAUUACGAAAUAAUGUACUGAAAUCGACCGGUAAGAAUAUAAAUUGUUUAAAUAUUUAACAUUUUCUUCCUUUGAUAUGAAAAUAAACCUUGACAAUAUUUUAGUAUCAAGUUACAUGUUAAAGUUAUCAUUUACAUUGAAAAAUCGUAUCAUUUUUUAUAUAAUUUAAUAAAAUAUUUUACAUUAACUUAACUAUCUCUAUAAAUAUUAUUAAGUCCAUUCCAAGUAUUUGUUUUACGGUGUUUUAUUUUUUUAAUCAACGGUUUUAAAAAACUAAAAUAAAAUACUAAUAAUACUAUUACUCUAUUAAAUUAAAAUAGUUAUAAUAAAAACCCAAUUUAUUUCAACACAUUUCACAUUAUUUUCAACGAUUAAUGGGCUUCGGUGUAGUUAUUCAUAUAGAUACAUAUAUACAUUUUAUAUUUAUGUAACAUAGAUAAAUGUGAAAUAAAUUAUUUAACAACACGUCCGUUAUGAAUAAUUAAACUAUUAAUUAGGUAGAUGAAUCGUGAUCAGUAUAAUUAUUAGUAUAUUAAUAGGUAACAUAAUUAAUUUAUAUUAAUAUAAUAUAUGUACCACCUUCUUAAUUAAUAUGUUAUAAUUCGUUUUGAAAUUACAUCAAUCGUGCGGCCUAUUUGACAUCUAGUUGUGACCAUCAUAUCCGGUACAUUUUUUAACAGGUAAUGAAAUAUAUUACAAGAGAUGUUAAGAACUUAAAAUUGCAAUAAUUAUGUAUAAAGUUCUGGUUGAAAAUCAUUCAAUGCUAAUUCAGCGCUCUUACCAAUACCAUGGUCUAUGGUGGGAGACAGCGGCCUUGUUACGAAAAAGACAAAUCAUAUACUUCGCGUAUUAGUGGGUCUUAUAUAUUAUUAUAUUUUAUUUUUCAAAUUUCAUACAAAUAUACUAUAACUGCUACCAUCAUUUUUCUUUCUAAUGUUCGAAUUCGAGUUCGAUAAAAUAUUUUUAAACUUCGGUUCGGUUCGGUUCGACAUUGAGAUCUUUGUUUUUUUGAGUCAGAAUAAAUUGUUGCUAAUACAACUGUUAUUGUAUAGCAAUUAUCUUUUACUUUUUUUCUAGAUAUUUUUGAACUCAUCUUUAUACAACCCUGCUAUAAUGAUGGGGACACCAAAAUUAAAUUGCGUACGACACGAGACUAUCGGCCGUUUUUGCCAGGGCUACUAAAACUGUUCACCUAGUAACAAGAAUACCGUGUCACACAUUAACAUAAUUACUGUGGAAUAUAAUUACAUAGUAUCAUAGAUAAAAAACGAAAAUAUGUUCCCGAAAUGCAAUGAAUAUUAGCUGACCGUAUAAUGAGGUAGUUACUUAUCAGACUUAAAUAUCUCGAUGAAUGCUAAGCCUGUGUAGUUUUUUUUUAAGUAUAAUUUACCAAUACUUCUGGUUGGAUUGUGCAUAAUAUUUCCUAACACGCCCCCGUACAUUAGGUCCUUUUAUUAUAUCGUCGACUUUAAACGUUCGGCAAUUAUCUUAUUCGUAUACCUAUAACACACAUAAUAAAUGUAUCCAAUAUUUUUAUGUAAUUGCCAUAUACAUAUAACAAAUUCAGCCAAACGUAUUUAUAAUUAAAAAAAUACAUAAUAUAUUCAUACACGAUGUUUGAAGAUAUUAAAAUAUAUACACUCGCAAUACGUAUUUUUAUAUAAUAUCUUUAAAUCGCAUUCGAGUGUAAUCCUAAAACAAGUUACUGGAACCUGAUCUUUAUGGGCCGUCAUAUAUUAUAAUAUUAUGAUUAAUAGGUUGUUUUUUUUUUUUUUGCGAAGGUUGUGAAGAGUUUAACCAUAUCGUAACCACCUUUCAAAUUGUUCAAUAAUAUUUCUUCCACGUAUAUUAGAUACCUAAUAUAUAUACCUACCUAUAUAUUAUUUUGGACAUUGACCAAUUCCGUUUUACGUCAUUAUCGAUUAUCAAAAUGUAUACCUAACUAUUAACAUAAUACCUAAAUAGGUAGACAAUUUGAAUUUACCGACUCGUAGGUAUCUAUUCAUUAUUAUAGGCUUGUGCAAAAUUUUUUCGUAGAGUGUGUCAUAAAGAAAAUGGAUAGUUAUUCCUUAAGUAGGUUUCUCCCCCAUUCUAAAAUAAGAAGAUGGUGAAUGCAAAAUAUCAAUCAAUUAAAAAUCGCACUGUUAACUUUAUACCUAUGUUUCACGAAAAAAAAUUAGUUCACCCCUAAAUAUUUAAAAUACGAGUACCUAAUUAAUAUUAUCACUAUUACAAUAAACCGAACUCAAGACAGUAAUAAGUUAAUUGUUUACGGUUAGUUUUAUUUAUUGGUUAACUUAAUGAAAAUUGUGUGUAUCUCAUUAGUUAGCGUUUAAUUUAAUAAAACCCAAAAUAAGUAAAUUUGCGCACGUCUAUGCCCAUCACGAUCCUAAUUUACAAUACUGGAAAAUAUCUCUUAAAAUAGAAAUCUCUACUCACAAUAUUAUUACAAUUUGAUUACGUAUAAUUACGUAUACUCAAUUAUUAAUUAUUGUAAGAAAUAUUUAAAACAAAAUAUAAUAAUAAACAUUUAGGUAUACAUGAAAAGAUUAAUAAUUAUUUUAGGGAGUUCAAGAUUUUAUUUUUUUUUUCAUCAGAUAUUCUACUUAUGAUAAUAUUAUAAUAUUUUUUUCCUUAAAAUUGAAUAAUAUUCCCUGAUUUUUAUUUUUAAUAUUAUUAAAUUUAAUUUUUAGUGUAACGAGUAUCGUUUUGAGGAAAAAAAGCUUAAUUGUACUGGCAAUGUUUGUGUAAAACAAACGAUGAGGUAUUUAUAACGAGUUUUAACGAUUUUAUAGGUAAAAUACCUAAAAUAAAAUGUAUAGAUUUCAAUUUGAAUAUUCAAUUCAUAACCAUAGGUAUAAAAAACAUUCAUUUUCUAAAUAAAUUAAUUUUCUCAUGUGAUCUUUCUUAUUUGUUUUUUUUUCUUUGGGCAGGGGACCGAAGUUUCAUUCGCCAAAGUCAAAGUGCAGUUAUGGCUCGGGACAAAAUAAAGAAGCUAUACCGAUUCAGUAAUACCGUUUCGUUCUCUUCGUUUAUAAUAUUUUACUGUAUAAACGUGAUAAAUUAGAGGUCGAACGUGCGUCGAUACACGCGAUUAAUCGUUUUUUGAGAGUUAUAUUACUCUAGGUACGCGUCAAAAUAAUUUUCGUAAUACUUUCGUCGGGAAGUAUAGGAUACGGGUACUCCGCGAGGUUUCCAUAGGUACGUUAUUAUUACGGUAUUGAAAAUCACGAGCGGCGCAAAAAAUGUUUUAUACACAAAUAUAUUAUAUUAUUUUAUAACGACCGGAACUUCGCGAAUCGAACUCGAAGAUAUUAUGUAUAUAAUGUUUUCAUUGUUCCGCGGCAAAACGCAUUAUUGAAUCGUCAUCCGAGUGGCGCAGUUUAAUUUUCGAAAAUAUUAUGUACAACAAUGUGGAAUAAUAUUAUAAAUAGGGUAUUGGAAACGGUACAGUGUCGGAGUAAAGUACAAUAUUACGGCCGGUGUAAUGUUCCGGAGUGGCUUGUCGCGAAGCGAUUCGCAAAUAGCGUUUUAUACACUCGACGUUUUUUGCCGCCGCCGCCGCCACGCUGGCCUGCGGGUGUACCGGUGCAACACUCGACGCGCGCGUAAUAUUACACCGCGCGCAGUAAUACUACUAAUAAUAAUAACGUAACCGUACGAAUUUACCGACAAUCGGGGGAAACAAAAGCCCGGUGCAGAAUGCGAAAACUGUUUUACAUUUUGUGUCGAUGUAUAGGUCUAGGUAUGGGUGCAUGUAGACAGGAAGGUUGUACAACUGCCAGACGAGUGUCGUCGAGUUAAAUUGUUUAAAUUGCGCGCACGAAUCGUAUAUUAUUGUAGUGGGUAUAUAGAAGGUACAGUAUAGUAAUGGUCGAAUGCUUUAAAAACGUGAACGAAAAAAAACUCGUGAUUGUUUCUUGCUCGUCUAGCGAAUCGAUAGAAGAAAAAAAACCAGAAAUAAUAAAACCUAGCGCGCACACAAAACAUAAUAAUAAAUAAACGAUCGGACGAGAAUGCGGGAGACUAGCCGUGGCAUAAAAUAAUAUGGUACCGUCCGAUCGAUUCAAUCGUGAUUCCGUUGGCGUUUCCUCCGUUUCGAUACAUUCGUUUAUAUUCACCCGGUAUAUACCUACAAAAUAUAUGCACUAAGCACUUACUCCGUUUGGGUUUUUUUCGGGUCGUUUGUUUACCAGCGGCGGCGUCGGCCCGAAUGGAUCUUGCAAUAAGGGGACCACUCAUGUCUAAGCAUGUCUCCCCCUCCCCCGUGCCCCCGUUGAUAAGUAUAACGUCAUUAGAUAUGCAAAAUUCAGGGAAGGGGAAACUAACAAAAAAAAAAAAACAAAAAAAUUCCUCCCUGGACGAUCGUAAGAAGGUGAUGACGUCUUGUUCGCGAGCGGGAUAUCUUUUGCACGGCGGCGGCGGUGGCGGUGGCGUGGCGAUGGGUUUGCAGUGUGCAGUCGGACUAAAUAAAAGGCAAUGAGGGAAAAAAUACUAAAGAGACGGUGGUGAGACGACGGGAGGAAAUGCCGGGCCGAGAGAAUUCGAGUCGUGUACACAACACUAAACUUAUGUAAAUUAGUGCCGAGGACUCGACCCAGUGUAUACACAAUUGAGGCGAAAAGCUUCUCUAGUGUUUUGUAUACUUAUAACCGGCCGAACCGUUUGUAUUUUUAUUUCCCAGUCCUUAUUUUCGUAUACACUACGACGCUAUGACGGCCCAUGAUUUUUUUUCUCGUUUAAUAGGGUUUUUUUUCUUUUUCUCUCCGUCGCCGCCGCCACUGUCAGCCCAUAAAAGAAACAGUUCAAUUUUUUUUUUGUGUCUUUUUUCUCACAUUGCUUUUAUACGUAUACUAAACCUACGGGAAAGUGUUUUAAAUCGAAUCAAAAAACAAUUGUGUUUUAGUCCGUUGCAUAUUGUAUAAAAAUAAUAAUAAUAAUAAUAAUAAUACGCUUUACACUUUAAUACGAGAUAUACAUAACCUCCGAAAAGACUGCUGAAUAUUUUAUACAAAGUAUAAUACGCGUGCGUACAUUAUAGUAUUAGUAUUUUGUGGAAACUCGCACUCAUCGUUUUAUUAACAGACCCAUAGGCAUAAUAAUAUAAUGUUUAAAAUAUUUUAAUGCGAAUCUUAAAAGGACGCGACACACCCAGUAUUUAAGGGGCCGUACAGUGGGAGUCAUAAAACAAUUUCAUACGAAUUUCCUAUGUUUUUUCUCGGUUUUUCACAUUUGUUGAGAAAACUCUUCGGAAAAUCGAAAAAUGACCUGUUUAAAGUAUCUUCCCAGUCAUAUUUUCUUUCAUAAAAAGUGUUAUCAUUGUAAAUCGGAGCAAAAUUGCUAGUAGAAAAGUUAUUCACAGAAAAAAAAAACCAAUACAUUCCUCACUCCAUUCAGAAUCUAAAAUCAUACUAUCUUCUAUGGUUAUACCUAAUCUGAAUAUGAAAAUUUAAAAGCUUUAUCCAUAAAAGCCAAUUUGUAUUCAAUAAAACAAUCUUGUUCGUAUUUGGCUAAAAUAUAUAAUUUCAUAAAACUACUGACUAAACAUUCAUAAUUUUAAGCCAAUGUGGGGAGAAGGUAUAACCCCAAUAUAUUCCACCAUACAUACCGCUGUCUUAAAGUCGUAUAUAAAAAUGUAUGACAUAUUAUUAAAUAUAGACUGAAAUUAUUCGAAGUUAAAUAAUACCCCAUAAUAUACGAUUUAUUAAAAUUAAGUCGAUAUUAUAAUAUGCUUAAAAACUAAAAAAAAUAUACUGUUUUUCAUCAAUGACUUUUGAUAGGGUAUGGUAGAUUGAAUCAGUGAUUCUAUAAGUAUAUUAACUCCAAAGAUCCGUAAAAGAUUUCUAAAGCGAAAUUUUAAAAACCAUCAAACUAUAAGCCCGAUAUUGUUUAUUGUUUGUUUUCUUCCAAAUAAAAUUACCUGUUUAAAACUUAAAUUAAGCCCAAUCUGAAUAUUAAAAAAAUACGCUUUAUUUAAAUAUUCAUACCUGUUAUUUUCCAAAAAGUUUCCCACGGGAUAAAAACUUUAAAAAGUUUAUUCAGUCAACUUUUUUUUUUGUAAACUCGUUUUAUUACAGCUCAAGUGUUUCAUAUAAUAUCACUUUUUUCCUAUAAAACGCUACCGUGUUCGAAAACACAACAAAUUCAAACAAGUAUAAUAAUAAUGUUAAAAAUAAUCUUAUGUACACUAAGAACUUGUAUAUUCUGUUGAUAAAAAAAAGAAAAAAAGCAAACAAACAAACAAACAAGAACCAAAACCACGUGUCACAAUAUUAAAUAAUCGCGGUUGCGGUCCUCGAAUCUGGCGUUCUCCAAGUUAAAUAACAUUUGAACAAUAAAAAUAGUUCUUAUGACAUCAUAUUAUUGUAUUGUAGUAAUGAAUGCAUUAUUGUUGUAUGCUCUAAUGUACAAUAAUAGUAUUAUAACAGUCAAAUUUCAAAAGGAAUUUCAAGACUGCGAGCAUGUUCAAAAGAAACAGACGAUUUAUAAGGAGUUUUUCGUAAAAAAAAAAAAAAAAAAAAAAAAAUACUUGCUGUAAAAACUUAUUUUAUGAGUCAAAUCGUAUUAUAAGAAACGUCAAGUGAAAUAAAAAUAAAAGGUACAGAUGUGUCAAACCAUUGCUAAUCAAAUACGAUUCUGAGUUUAGUUAUACUUGUUUUAAAAGGGCAGAGUACGUUUGGAUCAAGAACGUUUGGGUCACUAAUAAAACUGUAACUCGUUUAGACCAAUAUUUUUAAAUUUCUAUAAAAGCUCGCUAAAUAAAUGUUCAGUUAAGCUGCGAAAACGAAUUUUCAAAUUAAGUAAAAGGUAAAUUAUUCAGUUUUACAUACAAUUUCUGUGUACCAAUUUUAAAACAUACCAUAAAUCCAGUGAUAUUAACAUAAUAGAUAUAUAUGUAACAAGGUUUUAUAUUCAAUAAUACAACACAAAUAAAAUACUACUAUACAAAGUCUUUUUAAAUAAUAACGUUCAGUUAAACUAAUUUAAGGAAAACUCUGGUCAAAACGGGCUAUAAAAUUGUAAUAUUUUUACUACUAAUGGGUCUUCAAAAUUGGUCCAAACAGAUUGUGAUUCAGAAAAAUUGGUCCAAACGGAUUCAGCCCGUUUUGAAAUUCCAUAAUUUUAGAUUCAAAGUGUAGAGAAGGAUCGUUUGGUUUUACUAUGAUGUGUUUUUUUAUUUUUAUAUUUUGUGUCUGUGAGCAAAUUUAUUUAAUUUGUUCCGAAGUAUGAAGUGUAGCACCUUUUCUGAAAGGUAAUUUUUGCUACUUGAUACAUUUAGUCAUUAAGUUAUUUUUUGAUUUUAAAGGGGUUUACAAAAUAAUUGGAAAAAACUGGAAAGAGAAUUCCAUUAAUUAGGUAAAAUUAUAGGUAAAACGGAAAAUAUUUACAGCAGGAUGCAGCGUUACUGAUUUUAUUGUUUCUAACUUUACAACUUUUUCCACCAGAAAUAUUGCUCCAAACGAAAAAUGAAAAUAUAUCGAUUUUGUUCCUUUUAAUAUAAAAGCUACUGACAAAGAAAGUCGGCUUUUGAUAGUCAAUGUAUUUAAUGAUAACAAUUAAGAAAAAUCAAAAAAGACGAAAAUUACGAUGUUUUUCAAAUUGUAGUGCAACGAUUUCAUGACUUUACAUUUGUUCGGCUUAUGUUUUCUACCAGAAAUAUUGCUCCAAUAGACAAAUAAGAAGACAUUUUUUUGUUAAAUUGUUAAUCUAGUGGAUGACCUAGAAAGACAUUUUUUAAUUUUCCAAGGGAUUUUCAUAAGAAUUGGGAAAACCAAAAAAAAAAAAAAUUAUUGAAAAACAUCAAAUAUUUACUGCACGUCACGACUUUACCAAUUUCACUAUUUUUAAUUUUUAUGAACUAUAUGUUCUACCAGAAACAUUGUUUUAAUCAAAAAAUCUCAAGUAACUUUUUUUUUGUAUUUUUAAUCUAUUUAGUGAGUUAGAAAGUCAUUUUUAAUAUAUUAACAUAACCGAAAACAAAAACGUAGAAAGAACGGCAUAAUUUACGAAAAUAAUGAUUUUUAUAUUUUUAUAUCAAAGUCCAAAAUUAGAAAUAUCGUAAUUUUGAUAACAAGUUUUAUUUCCGAAGCUGUUUUGUUCAUCCAUCCAACGAUUCAUUGCGAACUAAGCAGUAAGUCGUGCUGAUAAUGAGAAGCACGUAACCUCCGUCCCAAUCACUAUCAUACACACUCUUAACCCCACCUUAAAUCAUUCCGUUUCACUUGUAUAGUAUCAAUAUGUCUGAAAAAAAAAACCAUAUAUUAAGUAUUCACUCCAAAUUUUCGUACCAGAUUCACCGAGGUGCGAUAAAUAAAUCACUAUGUACGCCGGCUAUCGCGAGAAAUGCGCAACGAAUUGUUAAUAGUUACGAAACUGUUGGAUUUUGUCACGUCUAUCGAGGACUCGGUAUGCAAAUAUUGGCAUUUAAAAUACGCCUAAUAUAACUCACAUGGUAUAAAACGCGGUGGGGCUGAUAAUAAUUAAUAACACCGGUAUGAUUCGACCGAAAUUUUUAUAUGUAAAACGGAUAAAUCUGCGAUUUCGAAAGUUGACACGUGCACAGAUUUUCAGAUUCACUGCUGACAUACGGUUAUUAAUAUGAAAAUUAAUUUAUUAUGUCGAUUUCGGAAGAAAGUCAUUCUCCAUCUGAAAAUACUAAAAACACAUAAAACCCUCAGAAUGCCGAACAAUAUUUAAAAUUUAAAUGUCGUGGAGACUAAAUUUUUUUUUUUCUAAUAAAAUUAUUAUUCAUUUCAAAGUUUAAAUUUAUACAUGUAUACAAAUUAUGGUCUGAAAAUAAACGGAAAAUACUAAUAGAAUAGCCGUUUCCUAAUACCCCCCCCCCCUCCCGAAAAAUAUUAACCCUAACAACGAUGUAAAAACGGACUGAAUGUUCACCCCCCCCGCAGGAGAACGGAAUGGGGCGCAAAGAGGACACGGCGACGGCGGCGGAACAGCAGCAGCGACAGCAGUUCAACACGACCGUACAGUUCGACGAUAUCGGCGGCGGACGCGACGGCGUGCGCGCGGUUCGAUGGUGCGACGGCAAGCUGCCGGCCACCGCGGCCAACGUUGCGGUCGCGCUUGUAUCCGUGGCUAUCGCGUGGUGUCUUUUGUACGUGAACACGACGAAGGAGCUGAUGACCCCGCCCACCGGAAGUCUGGCGUCCAUAUUCGUGUUGUACGUUACCGGCUUGGUGGCCGGUCAGCUCAUCACAAAGGUUGGUGGCCUCCCGCCACUGUUGGGCAUGAUGUUGGCCGGCAUCGCCUUGCGUAACUCCGGUCUGUACAACAUCACCGGAUGGUGUACCCAUCUGGUGUCCACGAUGAGGUGAGCAUAAUAUUGUCCCGGAAUGUGACAUACCGCAAUAAAAGCAAAAUCAUUGACCAGUGUUAGGAAGAAACGCGUUUCCCUCAUAGGAACGAAGCUCAUUUUCAUCAAUCUUUCAAAUAAUAUAUAUUUUUAUUUUUUAUCUUUUAGGGUAGAAACCAGGAAAUUUAUUUUAUUUUAUUUAAUAAGAUUUUAAACAUGUAGAUUCUAAGAAGUAAGAAUAGUUUCUAAUUUUAGUUUUCCUACCUUCCUAACUUCUCAACCACAAUAGUAGUUGCAGCCGCCCCCAGUAUCUUUUUUUUAUAAAUAUGUAAUACGUGUAUUCAUAAAAAAAACGAACAAAGAAGCGAGUUCCUUUUUUAAGGAACGAGAAACGAGAACAAAUUAAUUUUUAAAAAGAACUUUCCCAGCACUAUUGACUACAGUUGAUUUCAAAAUUUUCUUUGUUAUUGUAGUUUUUGAAAAGAUACGAACAUACUUAAUUUAACGUAUUUAAGAGUACUCCCAAUGUUUACAUUACCAAUAUAAUACCCAUACUUACGAUGGACUACACAUGUUACGCAGAGAAGCGGCACUCACGACGAUUCUGGUCAAGGGUGGCUUGGAACUGAACGCCGGCCAAUUGCGUAAGCUCAGUGCCGCAGUGGCCAAGCUCACACUGUUGCCAUGCAUCGCGGAAGCAGUGGCCGCGGGCAUAGCAGCACACUUUAUUCUGCCAAAUUUCUCAUGGAUUUGGGGCUUGACGCUCGGGUGAGUACGAAUCAGUGAAGUUCACUGCGGUGUUUUUUGUUAUAGUGCACUUUUUUUUUUUUUUAAAGAAGACUUUUGAAAACUCUGAGAUUGAAUAAUUUUCGAGUUAUCUAUUAUUAAACAGCUUUUCGGGUGUUUUUCAAGGUUUACGCUGUCCGCAGUCAGUCCGGCUGUACUCGUGCCGAGUCUGUCCCGACUCAAACGUCUGGGCUACGGUGAAGUAAACGGCGUCAAUACACUUUUGAUCGCCGCUUCGAGUUUGGACGACAUCGUAUCCAUCAGCGCUUUCGGUAUUUUACUGGGCAUUCUAUUCUCGAGUGGUAUGUAUACGUUCUUUAGUUCCAGGGAAUAAGAGCCCAAUUCAACUUUGUAUAGUUAGUUUUGAAGCUAAAUUUCUAUAUUUCUAUUACCUAUUUAUGAUGGAGUUUAAAAAUUACCUCGUAGUAAUAUUUUAAUUUUCAGUAUAACGUGCGUUGGAAUUUACAUACAUACACGUAUACAGUUUAUUGUGUUUAGACUGAAAAAUAUAGAAACAGAAAUUAGUACUUGCAUAAGAUAAUCAUCCACUUAUUCCACGUCAUAUUUUAUACUGCAUUCUUUCCAGUAUAGUUGCUGUCUUUCUAGUAGUCGAAUAUCGUAAGAUCUCUCAUUUGGUUGUUCUUACUACCCUUGUUUUCACGACAUAUACCCUGAUGCCAACAUCAACCUUCUUUUUGAAAUCUUCCUUCUUGGCCUUUGAGAGCGUUCAUAUAGAUUAUCAUUUUGUCAUUGUGUCUAUUCUCCUGAGUGGGUGUCAGUACAGAAAUCAUAUUGUAAUAUAUUCUUCUGAUAAUUUUCUUAUGAAAUACACUUAUUAUACUCUGUUAUAUUAUUUACUACAAAAAAUAAUUAAAAUGUUCUCUACAUUAACAAUAUUAUUUUCAAAAUAUAAUAUUAUACUUUGUAUACAUUAUACAUAAAUCAAAUAAUUUCAUUCAUUAUAUCCUCGAGCGAGAUAUAAAUAUUAAAUUUCCAGAAAAACAUGUCACGGUAUAGUUUAACGCGAACCGUAAAUCGAUUUUUGUUUUUAAUUAAAAAAGUUUAUUAUAAUAUUAUGACAAAACCAGGCAGUUUGACGAGCAAAAUAAUUCAAGGACCCAUCGACGUAUCGAUAGGCACCCUAUUGGGACUGCUAUGGGGUUUCUUUUUGAUCUACGUGCCGCCUUCGCCGUGGGCCGUGAUAUACAACACACAAGAAAUUGAAGAUCAAAAUACCAAAAAAUCACAAGUAAAUAAAUAGUGUAUUUAUUAUUUAUAUACUUAAUAUUAAUAAUGGAUACCUACAUAUUAUUAUUAGGCGCUUAUUAUUUAACCAAAAUAUUAGAAUAUUUAGAUUGAUUUUACCAAAUGUUUGGUUUUAACUUUUCGAAAAAUAUGAAUAUAAUUACUAAAUAAUAUGUACAUUAAAAAAAAAAAAAAAAGAUAAGACGAUUAGUGACGGCCAAGAGAUCGUUUCUGUUGGGCGCCGGAGGAUUAUUGGCGGUGACCGGGAGCACGUGGUCCGGAUAUCCAGGAGCUGGUCCGUUGGCAUGCAUAAUAUCGGCAUUCGUGGCGUCCACCGGUUGGCGACGGGCGCUCAAAGAGCAGAACCGCAAUAACCCGACGAUUUCAACCAACGACGGCGGAGUUGAACAACAAAACAAUCCUGUGGUAGACGUGUUCGAAUACGCUUGGGUAGUCCUCCAGCCGGUGCUGUUCGCAUUCAUCGGUGCUGAUCUAGACUUCCAGCUGCUCAAAAGCGGCAACUCCAUCGGUCUGGGACUUUUGGUACUCGCCUUCGGACUUGUAGUACGUAAUUUUAAUUUUUGGUCAGACGAAAUAUUAGAGAUAAAAUGAUAUCAUAUUAUUAUGAGGAUACGAGGAAUUAACAAAGGAAGAGGUAAUGAAUGUAUAGAGAUUUUUAGAGUGAAAAAAGAGAGUAACUGACACCACCACUUUCGUGGGAUAAGACAAAGCCAAAAAGAUUAUUCUAUAGACUUUUUAUAUUCUUUAUAUUAUUGCGUGACAGGAAAUAUUUUAAAUGCAUUUGUACCCAUAGACAGUAAAAACAUUGAAGGGACAUAACGCCUUUUCAAUGAAGAAAAAUAAGAAAAAAAUAGUUUUCUAUAAACUAAUAAGAAGAUUUAAAAUAAUGUGUACUUUUAUUAUAUUUUUAUGGUGCAAUAAAUUGCAUUUAAUUACUUAAUCAUAUCUAAAAAAUAACAAUAUUUACUAAUUAAGAAAAGACGUUUAGAAGUUGAGAAAGUCAUAACCUACAAAAAACUACAUGGCUAUUCCACCUAUUGUUUUAAUAAUUUAUUUUGCAUUAUAAAAGUUUAUAAUCGCAAUAUACAUAUGAUUGUUAAGAUAACAUAAUAGUUAAAAAAAAUAUGUAGACUGAUAAAACUAAUUUCCAAAUUUUGAAUUUUUCUCUAUAUCGCAUCGUCAUUACUAUCCAAAAUAUAUAACAAAAGAAAGGAUUGAUACAUAUCCGAAAAGGCCAUCGUGGAUAUUAUCAUUUUUUGUUUAUAUAUAAUUUUUAAAAACCGACACAAUCUGUUAUUCGAAUACUUAUCGUUAAAUAUAAUUAUAGUAAAAUGUAAAUACAUAUUUUGGUUACGAAAAAAAUUACGUUUUAAUUUAAAAUUAUCUAACAUGGUUUUGAAAUAUUUUAACAAUUUUCAACGAUUCACGCGGGAAUGUCACUGUGGUGUAAACUGUACUUAACAAAAACAUGGGAAUAUAGGAAAGGAUUUAACAUGUAUACGGUACUGUACUAUUACAAUAAUAUUAAAAAUUAUUCUAUACACAUUUUUGACAAUAUACAAGUUUUUAUAUUCAUUAUUAAAUAGAAUUUUAAAUAAAAUUUUGAUUCAUUAAAAGCCAUACAGUAUUUGUAUUAAUUAAUUAAAUUAAUUUAAAUUUAGCAAAACUUAGUAUAAAUCGUGAUUUUGUUUAAGUAUAAGUGAUAAGGAAUGAUAAGAUUUAUCGUUAUGUUUGAUACAAAAGAGUUUGUAUCAGUACCUAGCGCAAGUUCAAUUUUUGUCUUAUUGUAAUAGCGCUUGAAAAUACGUUACAUUUCAAAACGCGUUUUAUCGUUUCAAUGACAAUACUUAGAUAUUGGUAUCGCCGUUCAUCGCUAACAUUGCAUUUUCGAAUGCACGAUUAUUUAGGUAUAAUAUAUAGAUUAUAGAUACUAAUUAUCAGCGAACAACGUUUGUCGUGUAUUCCGAGAAUACCCCUCUCCUACUACCAUAAUACCCAAUAUUCACCUAUAUCAUGACAUGUCCGUAUAAUACAAUACAUUUUAAUAUACAUGUUUUGUCCGUUUUGUAGGUCCGCCUGAUUGUAACUACAUGUUCGGUGAUCGGGACAAGAUUUAGCCGCAAAGAAGUACUAUUUGUCAAUAUCGCGUGGCUUCCAAAAGCCACCGUACAGGUAAUAAUCAAACCGUUGUACUUGCAGCCAAUUAGACCCGUGUCCAUAUUUUAUCGGCCCCCUCUACCCUUCCCUUCCUCUACCGCACCUCACUCUUAAAGUACCGGAAAAUCGGAUUCCCGGCCUAUAACUACAACCAACAAUUUAGCACGCGUUUAUAAUAAUAAUAAUAAUAAUAAUAUUAUUAUUAUUACAAUUAUAAUACGACAAGUUCCGCCGACCUCUGGGUACACAAUAUAUUAUUAUAAUUCGUGUGAUUUAUAGGUUAAUGCGUAACUCGAUGCGAUUUUCUCCGAUACGCGGUUUUGCUGGCAAACUCCGCGUUAGAUAAGGGUUUUAUUUUAAUUUUAAUUUUUUUGUGAGAGGGCUUGCUAAGUUUCACUAGUUUUACUCACGAAAACAAUGUUUUGGUCGAUAAAAAUCAAAGCUGGAUAGUAAUUAGUUAAAAACCUUUAUAAAUUAAUAAUAACUUGUAAGUUAAUUUUUUAAAUAAACUUUAACUUACCCAGUUAAAAACAAAAAAUGAGCAGAUAAUGCUCAUGGGUGUACCACUGUUGAUGGUAGGAAACUGAGAAUAUAAAGGAAUUCAAUUUCUAUUUAUAAACAAUGAUAAAUCAUUACUAACGUGAAAUAUGAUUCUGAACGAAGUUCAGUUAUGUUUUAAAAUAUCAUGAUAUUUAAGAUUUUUGUUAAAAUUUGAUCCCAAAGCGCCAAAAUUUUUAUUAGCAGGUAUCUAGUAGUAUGCUUUAUUCCGGAUAUUUAAUUUUGAACUAAAUCGUUCGAUAAUUCUAAACUUAUUACAAUAAACACAUUUAUUGUUUAUCUGAUAAGAGUCCGAUAGAGCGUGCCACACUCACACAGUUAAACGCGUAUGUAUAUUAAUAUUUCAUCAUCACGAUUAAAAUGUUAACUAUUAUUGUUUAUUGACGAUUUUAAAUAUUUUAAAAUUUAUAAAAUAUUAAUAUUGGUACAAAUUAUAUUUAUUUGUUUAUACAUUUGUCGUUUUUGUCAUAAUAUAUUGAGUACCUAUAUUUUUAUUUUGGCACUUAUGUUUAAAUAAUUUUGGCACAAAUGACAUGUAAUUUUUACGUCAUUGGCACUUAUGUCGUAAAACUUUCUUAUUCACUAACUGGAUCCAAAUGCAAUGGAAAUGGUCUCUUGUUAUUUUUUGAUUGAAUCAAAAUUUCAAAAUUCGUAUAUACUAAUAAAUUAGGUCCUAUGUAAUUCAUCGGCAAUGUUCUACCAAAAGACCCACGGUGUGAUAAAGUAUUUUUUUAUCUUUUUAAUUUUGUAUGAUUUUAAUUUUUUUAUUUUUUAGGCCGCUCUCGCCCCAGUAGCUUUGGAAAUAGCGAGGAUUUUGGGCACAGAGCAAGACGUCCAAUGCGCAACACAAUUGGUCACGAUCGCAGUGAUCUCGAUUUUGUUGACGGCACCACUAGGUGCGUUUAGCAUACAGUUAUUUGGUCCCAGAUUAUUGCCGAAAUCCAAUUGACACACAACCGUCGCAUAUUUGAAUACGUAAUAUCACAUUAUAGUUUUUAACAUUUCGAAUUUUCCUUAAACGAGCAUUUUUUUCCCGCGUAUUUUAUUACAAGACCGACUACAAAAAUAAUCUUUGUUCUCGCGAAAUUCGUGAUGCAAAUAUUAUUUGUAUACUUACAAAAAAUCGUUCUACAAACCGUUUUCGUGCGUGAACUAUAAUAGUUUAUACAUUCGAUUUAAGAUAUUGAUAAUCAACAAUUACACGGUUUCGUAUAUUAUAAUAAUAUUAUAGAAAAUCUAAAUUUAUGUCUAAUCAUAAUAUACGUGAACAUCAGCGUAUCAACUCAUAUUACUUAAUGCUUUUCAAUAUCUAAUAAGAUGUUUUUUUAUCACUAAAAACAAAGUUAGUAAUUUUUAGGUAAUUUUUUCUUUUUGGCAAAUUUGAUCAUAUUAUUAAAAUAUCAAUCACCUGUUAAUUUUUUUUUUUUAAUAAUAAAACAAAAACCGAAAUAUAUAUUUACAUGUAUACUUUUUAAAGCGAUUCAUCUAUAAUUGCAUACUGAAUUUUCGUGUUCUUUUUAUUUAAAGCACGUAUUCAGUAUGUACAAUUUAAAAAAAUAAUUUAGUUUUGCCAUGUUUUGAAAUUGUAUAAUAUAAUAAAAUAUUAGUUUAUAUAUACUGUGUAAAUUAUGUAAAUCGUCUCUUGCAACAAAAAGUUUAAAAACACAAGGGACAUAUGGAUUUUGUACCUUUUACAAUAGAUAUAUGAUCGUAAAGCCAAACAGAAAAAUAUAAAUAAACUCGUGUCAUAAAAGAAAAAUGAAUCGUUCUUCACAAUAUUAAAUUUUAGUACAUAGAUUGAAUUCGCAGCAGUGUAUAUUGCGUGUAACAACUUAAAUCGCUUAAAUGUUAUUCAAAGUGACAUAAUAAUAGUAUAGGAAACUUAGAUAAUAUAGUAUAAUAUCCUCAAAAAUACCGGAAAAAAAUAUCUUUCUGAAAAAUAUAUUUAUAAAAAAAAAUUACACCACGAGUGAAACUAUCAAAACAACAACAAUAUAUUAUUUACGAAUUAUAAAUAAAUCCGUAGUAUUUAUUCCAAAUUAAAAAUUCAAUAAAG